GCCAGACUCAUCGUCCAUCAUCGACACACACUCCGUCUUCACCACGCUCAAACUACCAAACCCAACAUGCUCCUCAAGAACUUUAUUACGGCGACUGCCCUUGGCCUGAUCAGCUUCGCAGCGGCCAAAGGAGGCGUUGGGCCAAGCACCGGACGCCCAUGCGGCUUCAAGAUUGCACCCUGUCCGCAAGACACAGUCUGCAUCCCCAACGCAAAGUCGUGCAAAAACCUGAAACGCUGUGCUGGGACAUGCCAUUUCAAGAACAACUACCGCAGCUGCGGCGGCUUCACGCCCGCCCCCGCGCCGUCCUGCCCAAGGGGCACCGUCUGUAAAGAUGACCCUCGAUUCCCGGACAGCUGCGGCAUGGCUUGCGACGCGCCAGGAAUUUGUAUCUCCAAAAGACAACGCACGUGCGGUGGAUUCGCGGGAUUUCAGUGUCCGUAUGGGCUUUACUGCUACGAUGUUCUUCACGAUGGAUGCGAUCCGAAGAAGGGUGGUGCUGAUUGCAUGGGGAUCUGCCUGUAACAAUUUGGCGCAGUGCAGCUUGGGUCAUCCGGGAAGAUAUCAUGGCGGUGACUGAUUUGAGCAGAGGAAAGUGUCACUGCAAGUUGGCAAAGAGCUUGAAAAGGGCUGGUUAAUGUUGCCUACUUGGGGCAUUCCAUUCUUUUCCGUCUCUGGAUUUUGAACCUAGAGGCCGUUUUGGUCCAUUAUCGGGAUAAAAUAUACGAAAUUACAGAAUGAAGUGGAACGAGCUUUCUACUUUGGGCUUCGAAAUUACGUAGAUGUGAUGAUGCCCAAAUCUCUGACGUAGCAUUCAGGAGACGCCGCCAAUAGAAGGUCUCAAACCACCACCAUCAUUCUUAGCCAGUAG